UUAGAUGAGAUUGCGAAAUGGGAGAAGAUAACGUAUGCUGGAAUCGUGACUUGCACGAUCCUUUCGAUCUAUAAUCUUUCCAAGGGUCACCCUCCCCAUGAAGAUCCUCCGGCUUACCCGUAUUUGCACAUUCGUAACAAGGAAUUCUCAUGGGUUCAUGGUGUGGAGCAUGCAUUUGGGGCACAUGAGUCACAUGACUAUCCGACAAGUGGGGUGUUUGAGGUGGAGCCUCGACAAUGUCCAGGUUUCAGGUUUAGGAAAUCAAUAUACAUGGGCACAACAUGCUUAGAUCCUAUGCAGGUUAGAGACUUUAUGGAGCUUAACUCUGUCAACUACAAUGGUGAUACCUACCAUUUGAUUGGAAAGAACUGCAAUCACUCCUGCAAGGAUAUACGUUUUAAAUUGACUGGCAACUUAAUUCCAAAAUGGGUGAAUCGACUUGCAAUAAUAGGUGCAUUUGUUUUCAUUUGCAUCAUAUGUUGCUUCUUCGUAUUGAUAAUCGUAGAUCUUUUCUGAUAGAUAGCAUAUACUUCUAUUAUUUUCCAUUCCUGAUUCACUAGAUUUGACACAUGCUCCUGCUAGCAUGUCAGAUAUCACCCAAAGACCAACCAAUCUCACAUUUAAAAGAAUUUACUAUUUGACAUCAGUCUACAGAAAAACUAAGUCAGAGAUUAAUGUUUUCUGACCAUUUUGUAGAAACUGCUCGGAAAUACUUUUGCUGGGCAAUUUUAUUUCAUCCUCAGCAUGCCAAUCUUCUUAUGCCAUCUCUACCAAGGAUGCUUUGUGUUAUAGCCUCAAACAGGAAAAAUAUGCAUUUCAUUUUCAUAACAUGCUCUUUUCCAGCUUCAAACAGUUCUCUGUUUUUGACAUUCAUAAGUCACUCAACAUUUUGAAGCUCAAUCAAAAUUAAAUUUGUUUUAAAACAAACCUCUGGAAGAAAGUAAGGAGUUGUACUUAAGAAUAUAAUUUUCACUUUGAUAUACUUACUCUUCAUGCAAUUUGAAAGGUUGGUAUCUUUAUGUAUUGAUCUAAGAAGUUGUGAUGCAGGGUGAAGGUUUUAGUUUCCAUUCUGAGACAUUUCAGCAAGCAUGUUUCUGGCAUUUUUCCCCAUGUAAAUCUAACAGGU